AUGGUGCGGAUAAUGCUUGAUCAACAGAUGGAAGAAACAAGGCGUUUACUUCAAAAAAGUAAGGACGAACUUACUGUGCCAGUAAGUCAGACACCCACUCUUGAGGCGACCAUCUGGGUUGCUAGGUCUGUUGAUGAAGUGAUCAAUGGUAGUAUCGCCAGCAAGGUUGAGAUUGGCAAAAAGAGGAAAUUUGAGGGUUCUUCAAGGUCUGACAAGAACAACAUGUCCUCGAAGUCUGGAGGAGUAGGUGAAGCAAAAUGGUGUGACAAGUAUGGAAGGAAACACAAUGGUAGAUGCCCUAAGGAAGUAACCUGCUUCAAAUGCGGGAAGACUGGUUACUAUGCCCACGAAUGCCCAACCGAGGAAGAAGUUUGCUUUAAGUGUAGUAAAAAGGGACACUUCAAGCAAGAAUGUCCAAUGAGAGCUACAAAACCAAGUGUACCGCCGAAGCACCAUGGGAGAGUAACUUGUUUUAAGUGUAGAAAGCAUGGGCACUACGCCGAUGAGUGUACAUUCAACACCAGGGUGUGUUACGAAUGUAAUGAGAAAGGGCACCUCAAGCAAGACUGCCCAAAAAGAAGAGGAUUUACAAAGCCAAAGGCACUACGGAAGAACUAUGGGAGAUGCUACUAA